AUGGUCAAGGCCAACACGGACCCAAAAGCGCCUGAAGCAGUCCUGCAGCUGCUCGCACACAUCGAAAGUGUGCAGCUCUUGUCGGAAAAUGAUGCUUCUUCCAGCAGCAACCAGGCCUCAAUCCAUCUGGACAAGCCCCUCUCGUUGCUCCAUAAGUGCCUCGACCUUACACUGGAAUCCCCAGACCAGCUCUCCGCAUCCUUCAAAUAUGGUCUCGACGCUCUCCGACUUUGGGCCACUCACAUGACUGGCCAGCUUUCACAGCCGUCCGCAGCCAAAGUCCAAGUCAAGACCAAGCAGCUUCUCUUCCCGAUGGAUCAGCAGCUCAGCCUUGCAGAUGUCAUUUGGUCGGCUUGCCACUCCGAGAGAACGCAAGUGUCCUCCAGAUCCAAGUCCGUCUUCGAAGCCGUCAUUGCGCUCUUUCACGCGAUCUAUCAUAUAACCCACCAUGCACUGGCCAACCAAUCGUCGAAAUCAGUGUUGCCGUAUCCAGGUCAGAGCGCCUUUCUAACCUCCCUCGUCAACCGCUCCUUAUUACAGCUCGAGCGCAAGCAGUCGCCCAUCAUUCUCGAGGUCAUCGUAGCCAAGUACGGCUCCGCUCCCUUCUUAGCUGCUACACCCGGCGGCUCGAUGCUGGAGGACUCCGCCAUCUACGAGCGCAUCAUUCGAGGUCUCGGAACGGUCGAUGGUGGUGCCAACAGACGUUCCAGACUCGCUCUCAACUUUCUGGUGGCGAGGGCAGACGACCUUCGGUGUCAGCUCAGACCCUGGAACAAGGUCGAAGACGCAGUCAAGCAAGACGAGCAAGCGUGGCAGCCAUGGGUUGCGAUUUGGAAUCUGGCACUUGCCUCAGCUCUCAAAGAUGGCGGCGAACGGCUGAGAUCCGGCCUUGCAUCCUAUCAUCUAGCCUCGCUCUUCGAGUUGGAUCGACGCAUCUUUCCAAUCCUUCUUGAUACCCUUCUCACCAGCACAACUCAUGCCGGUCUCAACGUGGAAAGUGUCUUCUUGGUUCUGCGUACGGGCAAGAUCCAAGGCCUUUGUCGCAUCGAUACUGCUUCAGAUUUCACUACUGAAGAGCGAACCGACGGUAAACCUGUUCAGGUGCUUAUACCCGCUUCCUUGCUCACGGAUUGCAUUCUGGCUGCAGCGAGCGAACUGCAAAUAUCAGCACUUUCACUCGUGAUCGAAUCCAAAACACCAGCAGCACAUCUCACCAACGCAGAAUUCGACAUCCUCCGCACUUCUUUUCCUUACAGUCUCACCAUCACCAAUCCUGCCGCCAGAGGCGAGCUGCGGGGCUUCUUUGUCAAGCUCCUCACGCGACUGCGCGCCAGUACCUAUGCUCUAGCACGAGACAUGGGCAAGAUCACUCGCAUCGACGAUGCAGAACGAUACACAGACGAGAAGCAGAAACUCUCCGAGAUGCAACAAUUCGUUGAUGCCAGCCGCAACUUUCUCGGGUGGAUGGUGCAGCUUGUUCGCACAACGCUGCACCCCGGUGCCUCGUACCAGGCCAGCAUUACCUCGCUUACUUUCCUCGACCUGAUCUUGGAAAGUGGAGUGGAUCCCAGUUUCUCCAACAAGGUCCAGCAGGCCGACGGUACCAAGACAUUGACCAAAAACGCCGGCAUGUCGCUCAACAAGUCCAAGCAAGUCUUCUCGCAAGAGUUUCCUUUCGCUAUCGAGCUCAUUACACCUUCGCUUGUUCAGCUGCUCCUUGCCUGUUCCGAGAGCACCUACGAUGUCAUCCAGAUCCGAGCUCUCACCAUGCUCGCACGCUUCCCUGCUCCCUUGGCCGGCCUAGAGAUAGCUGAGACUGCAGCGCAGCGUAUCCUCGGUCGUGCUGCCGAGCUUUUGACAAGCACAAGGGAUUUCGAGUCGGCAGCUGCGUCCAAGCUCAUCCAGCUCUAUCGGCGGAUCUACAUGCAGCAACUUGGUCACCGUCCUACGCCUCUGCUGUCGUUCAUAGGAGUGACCCAGCAGAAUGCGGCUGCUCGACUCUACGAGAACGCUACCUUGUCUCUCAUCUUGGACAUGUUCGACUUUCUCGACUAUCACCUUCAGGUGGCUGAAGCCGGAAAGAUCCUCGAGGCUGCCACUUCGCAUCCUCUUCAUGGAACUCUUAUCACGUUGCAAGAGCUCUUCAGCUCCGUAUCUAUCACCUCGCUCGAUCAAACUGACCGAAAGCUUUUCCGAGAGACCGUCCGCCAGGCACAGAAGCUGAUCGACAGAGUUUGGAACGUUACCAAGGCAGUGUUGUGCAACUCGGCACCAGAAGGCAGCACCGAGGCCGAGACCAGCGGAGACCCCGCCAACGACGCCAAUAUUGGUCUCGAUCAACCUUCUUCUCACGAAACCGCGUUGGCGAUGCAGGUGGCCGAUGAUGACGCAAAGGCUGCCUUCAUGCAACCACAGGAAGAAUCGAAUGCAGGUCCCAAACACCAAGUAAUCCUAUCAUACUCAUGGAGAGGCAUGAAGGAGGCCAGUGCCUUACUGGGGUCCUUAGUCGCUGCUUCUCUCGCAAAACCCGCACCGGCUCGUACGGCGAAAGACUCCCAACAGCAACCUUCAAUUAAUCUAGACGACGUCUGGCGCGAAAUUUACAGUGUGCAGGAUAUCGAGGCCAUUGGUCAAUGUUACAACCAUUGGCUGACGCAGGUCCGUCAUCGAGGCGCUUUCAGCACCAUCUAUCCCGCUUAUUGCAAUGCUGCUUCCGCCAUUGUGCGCAGCCUGGCAUCCGAGAUUAUUGGCCUUCCGCAGCAGUGGAUCACCGCUUUCCUCGACACAGUGGCACAGUCUGGUUCUCAACUGAGCAUCACACGACGCAGUGCUGGCAUCGGCUAUGCCGUCCUUGCCCUGGUCAGUGCUCAGACGAGCAAGACCAACGCCACCGUCCUUCGUACCACUCUGUCUCGUCUCAUGGAAAUCGCGACCCAAGACUCGUCACAACCGGACGUGAUGCCCGUCGCCUGCAUCCACGCGCUCAACAUCCUUAGGGUGCUCGUCAUGGAUGGAGGCUUGACCGACCACAUGUCGCCGUAUCUGGGAUCUUUGCUCGAGCUGACCAUCAGCAAGUUCCGAUCGCGCUUCUGGGGACUGCGCAACGUCAGUAUGAUGCUCUUCUCGUCUCUCAGUAUCAAAAUUUUCGGUAGCAGAAACACGAACAAAGACACCAAGGAGGCUCGCAUGCCUGUCCACGAGUUCUUUGCCGCUUACCCCAACGCCGAUGCCUUCCUUCGCAACGUCCUAAGGGAGGGUCAAAUGGGAACCGACACUAAUGAUGAAGGCGCAGAGUCCAGCCUUUUCGCAGUCGUGAUGCUCUUCAGCCGAAUGCAGGCACCAGAAGAUGAACCAAGGAAAGCUGAAGAUGCGAAGAGGAUGGAAGCCUACCGUGCACUGCUUUCGAAUUGCCUGUCCAACAAGGUGUGGAAAGUGCGAGAGGUGAGCGCAAAGGCAUACGCAGCCUUUGUGCCUCUUCGACAUGCAGCACAGCAUGCAUCCGAGAUCAUCAACACGAUCGGCCUGCAUUCCCAGAACGAGGCGCACGGAAAACUCAUGCUGGCUCAGAGACUUCUCAAGAGCGUCGCAGAUGCGGAGGCCUCUACAGCGGCACUGUCCAAGGACAUGGUAGUCCUAGCUGAAGUGCUCCUCUCUAACGCAAGCAAGCUGCUGGAGGUCAACUCAUGUGCCAUCACUCAAGCAACAUACCUGGAAGUCGUGCAAGACUUCUCUGGCAUACGUAAUGCCGCUUUCCUUGAGGUCGCCGUGCACUUGCUCCGUGUGGUCGAGAUCUGGGUCACAAACUUGCUUGCCUACGUGGACAGGCCCGAGGUCCUAGCCAGGUUUGUGCGUCACGCAGGAGGGCCUGCCCUGCUUGGUGUUUGCACACGGCUGCAAUUGCAGGUGGCUGCUCGAGAAUCAGCAUCAGAAAGCUUCUUGGAUGCCUGCUUUAGGCACGUGAUAUCUUCCUCGCAGGAUGUUCGCAUCAGCUGUCUCGAGGCGCUAAUCGGUGAUGAUGGAAUAGCAGCGCUGCAGCAAUCAUCCCUUCGUCAGCCUGAUCGCCUGGUGUCGUUCGCCCGUCAGCUCCACACUGCCAUCAGGGAUGAGGGCGAGGGGAUCUGGCAUCGCGUCCAUUCAGCCGAGGUUCUUCAUCAGAUUGCAGUUCAGAGCGAUUCACAAGGAGCACCCUGGCUUCAACGAGCCUUUGCAGAUGAUGCUCUGAUUUCGGAGGCGUCAGCAAUCGGUCGGAUCGUCUGCAGCACUGUCUGCGUGCCGCUGCGCGAGGCUCUUCUUCCUUACUUCUCCGAUCUGUGCAAGCUCGCGUUGGCCGUUCAAGGUUCGGCUGAUGGCCUUGACGCAAUCCUACAGCAAUGGUGUUGGGCUGUAACAAGAUGCGCAGAUGAACAUGCGUCGGUACAGUCGCGUGAGGCUGCAUGUCAGGCUUUACGGGUGUUGGGCUCCUUGCUCUUCCCAGACGGUUCGGCUCAGCAGAACUGCGACAUCAAUACCGCGGCUGCACUUUUCACAGCCCGAGUCGCCGCCAUCGGCCUGUUGACCGACGACGACGAAGAUGUGCGUGCAGAGGCUGCGGCCAUGAUUGGCGAAACAGUCUCGACAGCCGCUAGCUCCGGUGCUUUUUCGAACGGCAAAGUGGCGCAGUGCGAUGCGAUGCAGCAGAUUGCAAGACGAAGCGGAGCGAGCCCAGAUGUUUCGACGGAUCGAGCUUGGAGCUGGAUGGAGGCCUUCUACGCCUCUUGUGGUGCUGUCGAAGGCAACGUUUGGAGCAACUACGUAUGGGAGCAGUUGGUGCCCUCGGAAGCGAUGCUAGAGCAGAUGUUCGAGGAAGCACUUGCUACGAACACGCUGCUCUUUGCAGAGGAGAAGCCGAACCAGUUCCGCGAUCCCGAAGGCACACUGCGUCGAGCGGCUAGGUUCGUGCAAGUGGACUUUCUCGAUGCAGCUGCACGAUCUCGAGUGGAAAAGCGCACGGGCGAAGGCCUUCGCCGUCUUGAGCAAGCGCUUUAUGAUAGCACAAAUUAUGAUGCAGUAUCGAUGCACAUGCUCGCAAUGCGUCUCUUGCUCACAUACAUAAUUCGCAGACGCGAUAAUGUCGGCGAUUCCAUAGAGAACUUGCACAACGUCGACAGUGUGGCAAACUCGGUCGCUUCCGAGCUUGGAAUUGACCUCUCCUCGUUGCAAUCGCAUUCCUCAGGUGGACACAAGCCUGAUCUCGGUAAAACAAAUCAAGCUGCUUCAGACGCGAGCGCCCAGCCUCGCUACAGCAUCGCGUGA